UGAUUAUGAUUUGGAUGUGGAUUUGGAGUGUUUGGAACUUCAAUUCGUUUGUUGUUGCAUUUUUCGAAGAAAUUUUUCUUGAAAAUGGACAUAACACCGCUAUUCAAAGCUUGUAUAAAAACUGUUCGAACGCGGAAUAAAGCUUUCGGCAUCCACAGUCCCACCAGCGAUGACAAACAACGCAUACUUCGAAGUAAACCGAAGACAGGUUUUAUGGCUACAGCCAAGGAUAUAACUUCACAAAUAACUAAACUUCGGGACUUUCUCCUAGAGCACAGAGAGAGGUAUUUAAGCUUCUUUAAUAAUAUAACCGGGGAUGAAAUGUCUGAAGCAGAAAGAGAUCAAAUAGACACAGGAGCGCAAAGAAUAAUCAACACCUGUUCUCACCUAUUAAAAGAGUUUAGAAAUGAUAAUCGCAAGGUCUCUGUGUCCCAUCAGAUGCGGGACUACAUGGACGCCGUAACAGACCUCAUAGAUUCGUACUUAAAAGCUGUAUGCAAAAUACAUAGCGAGUUAAAAGCGUUAAGGGUAAAAAGAGCUUUGGAUAUUCGAAAACUGUCUCGUUUAGAAUUACCACACACUAAAUCCAAUAUACCGAAUCCGUUCAUAGAAGAAAAAAUUGUAGAAAAAGAAGAAAAUGUAGGCACAGAUAAUGUUGGAGAAGAAGAAGUGGAUACUUCUAAGAGUAAACUUGAUUUGUCGGAGAAUGAAGUAGCAGUGUUGUCGGAUGAGGGAGAGCUCAGUGCGGAGGAGCUGCAAAUGUUUGAAUCUGAGAAUGUGCAGCUGUUGAACGAGCUGAACAGUAUGACAGAGGAAGUGAGACAGAUAGAGAGCAAAGUACUGCACAUUGCUGAAUUACAAGAGAUAUUUACUGAAAAGAUUCUACAACAAGAGCAAGAUAUAGACAGGAUAGCCACCACAGUUGUGGGCACAACUGAAACCAUGAAAGAUGCCAACGAGCAAAUAAAGCAAGCUAUUCAAAGGAAUGCAGGACUCAGGGUCUAUGUAUUAUUCUUCUUGCUUGUAAUGUCAUUUACUUUACUAUUUCUAGACUGGUACAAUGAGUAGACUAUAAUAAAUUGUAGGAACACAUUGUCAAUGCAAUGGGAUAGAAAUAUACUAGCUAUCAAUAACCACAGACAUUAACAAUAUUUAGGUGGCUUGGCAUUCAAACUUGUUUUAUUCAAAAUGACAUGCAAGUGCUUCUGUAAAUAAUUAAAUAUUUAUUUUAUUUUUGUCUACAUGCCCACAACUAAAAACUAAAAAAAUCAAAAUCCACAUGGUUGACAUUUUUUAAAAUACUCUUUGGGAUUUUCUGGGAUAAAAAAUUGCAUAUCUUUGGGAUGCAAGCUAACUUUGUACAAAAUUUCGUCAAAAUUGGUUAAAUGGCAAGCGAAAAAGUAACAGACUGAACAGAUUGUUCUUUGUGUAUUUGAUUCAAAUAGAUGUACAAGUUCUUUUCCAUGUAUUUAUUUACACAGUUGGAUAGUAGUAUAAAUCAGUGAUUUUACUUAAAACUACAAACUCAUCUCAUCAAAUUUAAAAUGUUGUAUGGUAGGGUGAUACAAGUAUGCUCAAGCAUAAAUUUAUGUUAGGUAGUUUUAACUAAAUCGUAUAUGCCUAUUAUGUAUUUGUUUACUUUAAAUCUGUAUAAAUGCUCUGGCAGUUGUGUAUUUAUGAAUGUAUUCUUUUGCAAAAUAUUGUUGUGCAGACAUUAAUUAUGUUAGGAAUAAAUGAAUGCGACCAAA